AUCUCAUAUUCUGCUUUUUGGCCGGUGAAAUCCCGACUUCUUCUUCCGUGCGGAACUGCUUCUCCGUUUGACGGACGAACCAGAAUCUGAACGGAGAAGUUGGAUUCUUGCGAGCGUCCGGCACUUUCCGGUAGCGCCGCGCCGUCCCGUGGCAGGUCAACAUUCGUUCAUUUUUGCUUCUGUGUGCCUGAUAAAUCUUCAUUCAUCAAAAGCAGCCUAACUGCCUUCGUAGCAUAUUGAUUUCAAAGUCUCAGUCAAGAUCCAGACAUGGGAAGAUCCUCAGGUGAUGAAAAGAUUCUCAGCUACAAAGACGUUGUGCUCAGACAGUCAGAUCUGGAGAUACUUAGUGGUCCAUGUUUUCUCAAUGACCGUAUCAUUGAGUUCUAUUUCAGCUAUCUUUCUUCAUGCUAUCCUUCUCCGGAUAUUUUACUGGUUCCACCUUCAAUUGCUUUUUGGAUAGCGAACUGCCCUGAUGUUGAGGGACUUAAAGAUUUCAUAGAGCCUCUAGAUUUGCCUGGUAAGAAACUUGUAAUUUUCCCGGUGAACGACAAUGAAAAUGUGGGCCUAGCAGAUGGUGGUUCUCAUUGGAGCUUGCUGGUGUUUGAGAGAGAUGCCAGUGUAUUUGUGCAUCACGACAGCUCAGGAGGGAUGAAUGGUCGAUACGCCAGGCAACUCUAUGAAGUCUUAGUUGGAUUUAUAAAUGGCCCAAAUUCAGCGUCCGACGCCAAAUUCAUUCAAUGUAGUAGCUCACCACAGCAGCUAAAUGGCUAUGAUUGUGGGUUGUAUGUUAUAGCUACUGCAAGAGCGAUAUGUUGCUGGUAUGAAACUGUUAAAUUGAGCAAUGAGAAGGAUCUUUGGUUUUCUUCUGUUGAGGAGCAAGUUACUCCACCUUCUGUUACUGAAUUAAGAAAAGAGAUUCUUCAGCUGAUCAAAGAUCUGAUGACCGCUGAUGCUAAGUGUUGAUGCUGACUGGGGGAAAAAGAGAGAGAGGCUGCAGAAAGAACGGAAUACCAGAGUGACAAGGCUUACCUGCAAAGACAUCUGGGUGUCUCAUCAGCUCAGGAAAAAUGGAGAAAAUUUCUCCAAAGGUGGGUUCUUGCAAAGAAUCUGAGAGAUGUUUUUUGUGUUUUUGAAAUCCGAAGGAUGUUCAGAUCAACUUGGGCAUUUAUGACAUUCUAGCUCUAUCCCUAACACUCUUCUCAAUGACCAGCAAAUGAGUUUUUUCUUCUUUUUUUCGGGCCUGGAGUGUAUGUAGCAUUGAGGGGUGUUAUGUCAGUAGCAUUCAGGGGUUUCUAGUGUUACUUCAAUGGGUACCAGACCUCAACUCUUCAUAUAUGUACCUACUCGCGCCUCUCUAAAACGGUGGUUUUUACUUCUUACCGUUCCUCCAUGGGUGAAAGGGUCAUGCUUCCGGUUGGGGACAAUGUUUUAGCCUGUAACUUUGUUACAUCGUCUUUCGCGAGUCAAAAUUGUUGCUGUAAUCGUUAUGUUCAUGAUGUGUUGAUUCAGAGAAAGUUUGAUA